AACUACGAUAUAAGCGAAUCAUUCGGGACUGAACUAUCGCGUAUGUCGUGGAGUUCCUACAUUGAUUAAAGUUUAUCAUACGUAGAAAAGGAGAACAAGCAAAGGAAACGACCAAACGACCGAGUGAGAACAAAUAGUAACAUAUCGAUAAUACUGACAGGUUCUUUGGCAAGCGUUUUCACGGCCAAAUACUACCCUUCAAGUCUUCCUAAUGUUCAAGAAAUAAUGGAUAGAUUAGUAUUGUGAAAUAAAUUAAUUCAGAAAUAGCUGUCAGCUGACAAUCUUUGAAUUAUAUAUUAUAUAUUUUUCUAUGAAUUGUAUUAUUUAACAUUCUGUACAAAGUUCCAAUGUGAGUGUGAACGAAUAGUUACUGUAUUAAAGUGAUAAUAAUGGCAAAUGGUAAAAGAAAUGUUUUGACUUUCGAACAACGUCUGGAUGUUCUGAAAGACUUAGAGACAUCCUCUAUUUCAAGUGUCGCUAAAAAGUAUAACGUUCAUCAUAUGACGAUUCGGCGAAUAAUAGAAAAAGCUGCGACAAUUACCGAAUUUGCAGAAAAAGACAAGAAUGAGAAAAUGCGUAAAAAGAUAAGGAAACCGACAUAUGAAGAACUGGAGCAACAAUUGCUUACGUGGUUUGUAGAAAGAAAAACAGUCAGCGAAGUUGUAACAGAUGCGUUAUUUUUAGAAAAAGCUGCCGAAUUAAGACAGCAAAUUGGAGCGUGUUCACAUUUUAAAGUAAGUAGAGGGUGGCUCGCAAAUUUUAAAAGACGCCACAGGAUUAGAUUGGUGCGUUCUUACAGUGAGAAACCCAGUGCCGAUACAAAUGGAGCAGAGACAUUCGUGAAUGAUUUAAAAAAAUUCUUUGAACAAGAAAAUAUUAAUUUAGGGAAUGUAUAUAACAUGUACGAAAGUCUGUUAUUAUGGAAGGCGUUGCCUGUUCGAACUUUUGCAGGUAAAAUAGAAAAUUGCGCCAGUGAGCACAAGAUAUGGAAAGAAAGUGUAGCUGUAGGGCUGUGCGCAAACGCAACAGGAACGCAUAAAAUUAUGCCUCUUGUAAUUAAUAAAUACAAACAACCUAAAGCUUUAAGAAAUUUCACAAAUCAACCUCCAGAUGAAAUUUUAUUCGUUGACUGGUUUGAAAAUUAUUUUAAAAAAGCUGUACAAAUAUACCAGUUAGAAAAAGGAUUAUGCAGCAAAGUUGUACUAUUAAUUGAUAAUUCGUCAAGUCAUAAAUUUCCAACGAACUAUAUACAUGAUGAUCAGUUUCAAGUGAUAUAUUUACCGCCAAAUAUCGUGUCUUUGAUUCAACCUAUAAAUCAAGUAAUAAUUGACAAAAUGAAAAGAUGUUAUCGACAUAAAGUAAUGCAGUGUCUUAUUAAUUACGGAAAUGGACUUGAAGAGUUUUAUAAAAAGUAUACAAUUAAAGAUUGUAUUGAAAUAAUUAGUAAAGCUUGGAAUGAAGUGACACGCAAUAAUAUAAAAAAUAUGUGGAAGGAAAUUAUUAUACAACUACAAAUUAAAAAUGAAAAAGAAGAAGAAGGAGGGGAAAUAAAAGAAGAAAAAGAAGAAGAUGUAAUAACAGAAAUACGACAAAUUUGCACACAGAUUGCAGGAUACGAUGUAACGGCAGAAUAUAUCGAGGACUAUUUAUCCGCAUGUACGGAGGAGGAAAAUAGAUUUUUAAGAGAAGCUGAAGAGUUGAACACAGGAAAAAAUGAACAUAUACUCGGAGAAAAAGAGGCAGAAAUGGAUGAAGAAACGGAUGAAGGAACGAAUGAGGAAAGGGCCAUAGAUUGGGUUGAAGAAAAGCCUGAAGUAAGUGAUGAAGGUGAACGAAUAUCGGGAUGUGGGAUUCUACUCAAGCAAGAAGAAAGAGAAGAAUUAGAGAAUAUUUUUAUACGUUUGAAUUGUUAUAAGAGUCGGAUCUCCCGUUCGGCACAAUUACAUCUCGAAGGAUUAAAAUUAUCGUUUUUAGGUGAUACUCAAAACUAAAUUCACAUGAUAUGAGUACGUAUUCAGAAGAAAAUGAUGUGUAUUCGAGCAACAGAAAAUAACUCGGUACGAAAUAUUAUAUUAUUAAAUUAAAAAUACCGUUUAAUUAAUACGUGAUAUUGUUUUA